UUAUUCAACAGAGACUGGCACAAGCUGCACUUCAGUGUGACCCGCGACAACAUCGAGAUGUACAUCGACUGUAAGCCUAUCACGUCACAGCCUCUACCGCCCAGACGCCAGAUUGAUCUGAACGGCGAUAUCCUGCUGGGGACAAAGGACGAUGAUGGAACAACAGUGCCGUUUGAGCUGCAGUGGAUGCUGCUUGAUUGCGACCCGUCCAAACCAGAGAGAGAAACUUGUGAUGAGCUUCCCCCGAAAUCAGCAAGAACAACACGUCGGCCCAGACCAACUCGCAGACCCCGGGUCGAUGAGCAGGACCCCGGCGGCACUUCCGAAGGGGAAGGCGAAGACACCGGGACUGGGACGUCGGGUGGUGACCCUGAUGGAGAUAACAUUGGUUUAGGUAUCGAUUUGAGUAUCGAUAACGGCGGUGACGACCAGAAAGAAAAAACCUGUGAAGUCACAUGCCCCAGAGGACCCCCAGGCUUUAACGGAACUCAGGGCCCACCUGGCAGAGCUGGGUCCCCAGGCAGACCUGGAAGAGCUGGAGUGCCUGGAGAAUCUGGCAGGGAAGGAGCACCUGGAAUACCUGGACGGGUGGGUGAGCGUGGACUUCCUGGGAGAAGUGGACUACCGGGACAGAAAGGAGAGCCCGGUCUGGACGGCACACCAGGACCGCGCGGUGACAACGGCUUUCAGGGAGAACCUGGCCCUGUCGGACCAGAAGGAAGACGAGGCAGAGACGGUGUUAAGGGCGAGCCGGGAGAGCGAGGCUUGAUUGGACCACCUGGACCAUCUGGAGCUGCCAGUGCCACGGUCAAAGGUGAACCCGGAGAUCCGGGACUGCAGGGGCUGCGUGGUCCUCCUGGUGACAUUGGCAGAACUGGUUUGCCAGGACCCAGAGGGCCUUCUGGAGAUGACGGCAAGCCGGGACAAAAGGGAGAAUCUGGAUCCAGAGGCUUGAGAGGAUUCCCGGGCCUUUCAGGACCAACUGGGUCAAGGGGAGGUACUGGACCCCAAGGACCCCCUGGACCACCGGGCAUUCCCGGCCGAGGAGAGGAAAGCGACAACAGAAUAGAUCAGAUUGUUCCGGGAUCUCCCGGUAUCGUUGGACCCAGGGGCCCUCAAGGACCCAAUGGAAUUCCCGGUCUUCGAGGCAUCAAAGGAGAGACCGGUGGUAAAGGAGGCCGGGGAGAAAGGGGUUACCCAGGACCUCCCGGCCCGGCCGGAGCUGUGACGUCAACCAAUGUCGGCAACUCGGUAACGGACAACGGGACGGUGACGCUGUUGCAAGGAUCUCCAGGACCAAGAGGCCCGCCCGGAUCCAAAGGAAACUCGGGCCCCGUCGGCCCAGCUGGCAUGAUUGGCAUCCCAGGAGCGGACGGAACAAAGAAUGACUUCAGAGGAAAAGUCGCUCCGGAGUUGCCAGAUGUCGCAGGUGCUAGUUUAGCAGAGAAAUGGGAGCAAUUGUUUAAUUGGGGAGCCAGCCAGUUAGAGGUGGGGAAAGUUCCAGGGAAGAUGCGUACGUGUGACCGCAGUGCACAGCACCUCCUACCACAGGGGCCAUCUGGUGGAAAUACAUUGGUCAGCGUCAGACAUUGA